GUUUACUAGAAUAACUAGUUUUUCCAUUCCAUGCGGGUUGCCUAAUACUGUCAUUCCGAACGUUGGAGGGUUAAACAUGUGGAAAUGUGGAGUCUACCCUCCUGCAACUGGAAGAUAGCUGACCCACUGAGUUUCUAAGCCAAAGGAUGGGGGACUGAUUAACAAGUAUAUAGUAAUAGAUCUUCCCCCCUCGAUCCAUUUUUCCAUUAUUUCCAUCCCAUAUCAACUCCCUCUACUUCCCCAGACCUCCACCAGUUGACGCAACAGCGUUGUGUUAGAGAGACUUACUUUGACAGUUGCUGGCUGAGCCAGACGUUUUUCAAAUUUUGACGACUUCUCUGCUUCGAUACACCGCAUACGAUAUCCAAAAUGGUUUCUCCUGAGAUAUCACCAACGCAAAAGACCUUUGCAGGUCUCCAUGGCCGAAAGUUGGGUCUUCUAGUCUCGACGAUUGCCACAACUGGAUUCUUGCUGUUUGGAUAUGAUCAAGGUGUUAUGUCCGGAAUUAUCGACGCAGACCCUUUCAAUGCCUAUUUCCCUGAAACCAAAAAUGACAGUGUUUACCAAGGUUUCGUUACAGCUAUCUACGAAAUUGGAUGUCUAAUUGGUGCUAUUUUCAUCUUGUGGUAUGGAGACUCAAUUGGUCGAAGAAGAGCUGUAGGUUUACCCCAACUUCUCCCCACAACCCCAGCUUUCCCAGAUAAGACAAGGAAUCCUAAUAAAUUGUUCGCAGAUGAUGCUUGGUGGAGUCAUUAUGAUUAUCGGAGUUGUUGUUCAAAUUACUGCUGUUAAAGGUUCCCAUGCGACUGCCCAAUUCAUUAUUGGUAGAACAAUAACUGGUAUCGGAAACGGAAUCAACACAUCAACCAUUCCAACAUAUCAGGCAGAAUGUAGUCGCUCUACCAAUCGUGGUCUACUCAUCUGUAUUGAAGGUGGUGUGAUUGCCUUUGGUACUAUGAUCGCUUACUGGAUUGACUACGGUGCUUCUUAUGGUCCAGACAACCUCACUUGGCGUUUCCCCAUUGCUUUCCAGGUUUUCUUCGGUCUUAUUCUCAUCAUCGGAACUUACUUCCUUCCAGAGUCUCCAAGAUGGCUUCUAGCUAAAGAACGCCACGAGGAAGGUCUCGAUGUCAUUGCCGCUCUCUCUGGUCUCGAAAAUAACGACCCACAAGUUCAAUUGGAAAAGACUAUUAUUAUGGAUAGUAUCAUGGCAUCCGGAGCCGCUACCAAGACACCUUUCUCCGCUCUCUUCACUGGGGGCAAAACCCAACAUUUCCGCCGUAUGCUUCUCGGAUCCUCAUCGCAAUUUUUCCAACAACUUGGUGGAUGUAAUGCAGUUAUUUACUAUUUCCCAAUUCUCUUUCAAAAGUCUAUUGGUACCUCGAAAAACUUGGCUCUUCUUCUUGGUGGUGUUAACAUGAUUGUUUACUCCAUUUUUGCUACCGUAUCCUGGUUCAUUAUUGAGAAAGCCGGUCGCCGCAAGUUGUUCAUCAUCGGAACUAUCGGACAGUGUCUUUCCAUGGUUCUAGUAUUCGCUUGUCUUAUCCCAGAUUCUGGAAAGGGUCCAUCCGCCAAGGGUGCAGGUGUCGGUCUUUUCACCUACAUUGCUUUCUUCGGUGCCACCUGGUUGCCACUACCAUGGUUGUACCCAGCUGAAAUCAACCCUCUUCGCACUCGUGCCAGAGCUAACGCCGUCUCAACCUGUUCCAACUGGCUUUUCAACUUCACCAUUGUUAUGGUUACUCCAAUUAUGAUUGCCAAUAUCUCCUGGGGCACAUACCUCUUCUUCGCCGUUGUCAACGCCUGUUUCCUUCCCAUCAUUUAUUUCUUCUACCCAGAAACUAAGCGCAGAUCUCUCGAGGAAAUCGAUAUCAUCUUUGCAAAGGGAUACACCGAGAACAUUUCCUAUGUCAAAGCUUCUCAUGAUUUGCCAUACUUAUCCCCGUCCGAAGUUGAGCAGAUGGCAAGACAUUAUGGUUUCGAGACCGCAGAUGUCGAGAGCAGAAGCACAAGUGAUGUCGAGAAAGAGAAGCCCCAGUGGGAGAGAAGGGAAAGACAGAGCCGCAGUGAUGGAGACGACGUUACAGCCGUCCCUCAAGCUCAUCACCGUGGAAAUGCUGCCCAUGAUGGAUUCAGAAAUGAUUAAUUUAUGUAGGGGUUGGUAAUUUACGCAAAUGGGAUCUGGAUAUCAUGAUUUAUGGAUGCUUGGUUAUCAUUCAUGGUAUUAUACCCUUGGGGGCGUUCUUUUUCAUUUUGGGUACUUGGCUUGGAUAAUAAUGUUACUUAUCCCGGGUCAAAGGUUAUGAUUUCUGAAGGAAAUGUAUCUUAAUUUAUCUUGUAAAUUGUUUAGCAACGCAUUCACAGACAGAUGAAUCGGUGGAGGGGAGGUUGGAGACGAUACCCAGGGUUCAAAAGUAACUACUUUCUUCAAUAGAAUUACUUUAUUUUAUCAUUCUUGGUCUGAC